AUGUUAAUUUUAUUACUAUUCUAUAUAAUACAAAUUUUUGCUUUACAAGUCGAUCCAUUACCAAAACCUCAAUUCAUUAAAUGGUAUGGUCAACCUUUAAUAGUUGAUUUAAAAAAUUUAUAUUUGGUAGGUGGAUAUGAUAUAUUGGAUAAAGCAUUAAGUAGAGUGAAACAAAGAAAUUUACUAUCACGUAUUGAAAAAGAUACAUUUUUUCAGUUUCUUCCAUUAAAAAUUGAGGUAUUAGUUGAGGAGAAUGAAACUCAAUUGCAAAUUGACGUUGAUGAAUCUUAUGAAUUAAACAUUAGCUCUGACAGAGGUGUAGUUAUCAAAAGUGAAACAAUUUGGGGUGCUUUACGUGCAAUAUCAACUUUUCAACAACUAUUAGUCACAACAAAUGGGAUGGUAAUUAUAGAACAAUCAGUCUUAAUUAAAGAUUCACCAAAAUUUCCCCAUCGAGGAUUAAUGAUUGAUUCUGCCAGAAAUUUUUUAACAAUGGAUUCAAUUUUGGAACAAAUAGAUAUAAUGGAAUUGGUGAAAAUGAACGUGUUACAUUGGCAUUUAGUUGAUACUCAGAGCUGGCCACUUAUUUUGAAAUCUCAUCCUGAAAUGUCUAAUGAUGCAUUUUCAAAUGAUGAAAAAUAUACAAUGGAUGAUUUAAAAUUCAUCCAGAAUUAUGCAAAUGAAAGGGGGGUAAUUAUUAUACCAGAAAUAGAUAUGCCAGGCCAUGCUAGAGCUGGUUGGAGACAAAUUGAUAAUGAUCUUGUUGUAUGUGGAGAUUGCUUCUGGAAAGGUUUUGCUGUGGAACCACCACCUGGUCAAUUGAAUUUAUUGAAUAAUAAAAUUUAUGAUGUAAUCGAUGAUGUAUUUAAAGAACUUAGAUCAUUAUUCACCACAAUCCACGUUGGAAAUGACGAGCUUCAGGAAUCAUGUUUUCCACAAGAAUGGUUUAACAACAAGUCUUUAAAUGAUUUGGUACAACAUUAUAUUGACAAAACUUCAUCCAUAUUUAGCACAGCUAAUAUCAUCAUGUGGGAUGACAUAGUACAGAAUCACAAUGCGAAAAUCCCGCAGAAUGUAAUAUUACAAGUUUGGCAUGAACAAGGUGUCAUAAAAGAGUUAACAAAUAAAGGUCAUAAAGUAAUUGUAUCUCUGGCAGAUCAUUUAUAUUUGGAUUGUGGACAUGGUGGAUUUUUAACCAAUGACAAAAGGUAUAUUGAUAAACCUGAAAAUGAUAAGUUUAAUCUGGGCCAAGCUGGUAGUUGGUGUGGUCCGUAUAAAACAUAUCAAAGAAUAUACUCAUUUGAUUUUUUAAAAAAUUUGACUGAAGAAGAGAAAGAAUUGGUUAUUGGAGCUGAAGCUGCGUUAUGGUCGGAACAAGUUGAUUCUAACGUUUUGACAAGUAUGAUUUGGCCAAGAGCAGCAGCUUUAUCUGAGUUGUUGUGGAGUGGGCAUUCUUUGGACGGUUUGAGAGAAUUCACCCCUAGAAUAUUUAGGUUUAGAGAAUUACUAGCGAAACUAAAUUACAAAGUACCACCUUUGGCAUCAAAGUAUUGCUUAUUAAGUCCAAAUGCUUGUAAUUAUGAUAAUUAUUAA